UCCCAGAACCCGUUUCACCUACAGUUGGACUGGGCCAGCCCCCUGGAGACGCUGCUGGAGGUGCUGGUGUCCGUGCUGCAGGCCCAUGCCUGGGAGGACGUUAGCCUGGUGCUCUGCCGCAUGCGGGACCCCGGUGGCCUGGUGGCCCUCUGGACAAGCCGAGCUGGCAGGGCCCCAAAGCUUGUGCUGGACGUGAGCCGACCGGACACCGGUGAUAUAGGGUUGCAGGCCCGCCUUUCCUCGCUGGGGGCGCUGGAGGGGGGCUCAGCCCUAGUACCCGUGGCCGUGCUCCUUGGCUGUGACAUGGCCCGUGCCCGUCAGGUGCUGGAGGCUGCCCCUCCCGGGCCCCGCUGGGUGCUAGGCACACCGCUGCCUGCAGAGGCACUGCCCACUGAGGGCCUGCCACCUGGGCUGCUGGCACUGGGCGAGGUGGCUCGACCCUCACUGGAGGCCGCCAUCCACGACGCGGUGGAGCUGAUGGCACGGGCGCUGGGCAGCGCGGCCCGUGUGCAUCCAGAGCAUAUCCUUCUCCCCGCCACCACCAACUGCAAGGACCUGAAGCCACCCAAACUCCGGUCCUCAGGCCACCUCUUGGCACAGUUCCUGAGCAACACAUCCUUCCAGGGCCACACGGGGCCAGUGUGGGUGACCAGCUCCUCCCAGGUGUACAUGUCCCGGCACUUCCAGGUGUGGGGCCUGCGCCAGGACCCGCUGGGCACCCCAGCCUGGGCCACACUGGGCAGCUGGCAGGAUGGGAGGCUGGAGUUGGAGCCAGGGGGUGCUGCUGUGCAGCCCCCCUCCCCGCUGGGUGCCCAGGUCCGGCCCAGGCUGCGUGUGGUGACCCUGGUGGAGCAUCCGUUUGUGUUUGCCCGCGAACCAGACGAGGAUGGGCAGUGCCCAGCAGGACAGUUGUGCCUGGACCCUGGCACCAACGACUCUGCCACCCUGGACGCGCUGUUUGCUGCCCUGGCCAACGGCUCGGUGUCCCGUGCUCUGCGCAAGUGUUGCUAUGGCUACUGCAUUGACCUGCUGGAGCGCCUGGCAGAGGACACACCCUUUGACUUUGAGCUAUACAUUGUGGGCGAUGGCAAGUACGGUGCCCUGCGGGAUGGCCGCUGGACUGGCCUGGUGGGUGACCUGCUAGCUGGCAGGGCCCACAUGGCAGUCACCAGCUUUAGCAUCAACUCAGCCCGCUUGAAGGUGGUAGACUUCAGCAGCCCCUUCUUCUCCACCAGCCUGGGCAUCAUGGUGCGGGCGAGAGACACGGCCUCACCUCUUGGGGCCUUUAUGUGGCCGCUGCACUGGUCUAUGUGGCUGGGUGUCUUUGCCGCCCUGCACCUCACCGCGCUCUUCCUCACGCUCUACGAGUGGUGCAGCCCCUAUGGCCUCACACCCCGCGGCCGGAACCGCGGCACCGUUUUCUCCUAUUCCUCGGCCCUCAACCUCUGCUACGCCAUCCUGUUUGGACGCACAGUAUCCAGCAAAACCCCCAAGUGCCCCACAGGGCGCCUGCUCAUGAACCUGUGGGCCAUCUUCUGCCUGCUCGUGCUGUCUAGCUACACGGCCAACCUGGCUGCCGUCAUGGUCGGGGACAAGACUUUUGAGGAGCUGUCAGGGAUUCACGACCCCAAGCUGCACCACCCAUCCCAGAGCUUCCGCUUCGGCACUGUGUGGGAGAGCAGUGCAGAGGCCUACAUCAAGAAGAGCUUCCCUGAGAUGCACGCGCACAUGCGGCAACACAGCGUACCCACAACACCCCAUGGCGUUGCCAUGCUCACGAGCGACCCCCCCAAGCUCAAUGCUUUCAUCAUGGACAAGUCACUUCUGGACUAUGAGGUCUCCAUCGAUGCCGACUGCAAACUGCUGACUGUGGGCAAGCCCUUUGCCAUUGAGGGUUAUGGCAUCGGACUCCCUCAGAACUCACCGCUCACCUCCAACCUGUCGGAGUUCAUCAGCCGCUACAAGUCCUCUGGCUUCAUCGAUCUGUUGCAUGACAAGUGGUACAAGAUGGUACCUUGUGGGAAGCGGGUACUUGCUGUCACAGAGACCCUGCAGAUGGGCAUCUACCACUUCUCCGGUCUCUUUGUGCUGCUCUGCCUGGGCCUGGGCAGUGCCCUGCUCAGCUCCCUGGGGGAGCACAUCUUCUACCACCUGGUGCUGCCAUGCAUCCGGAGGGGGAACAGGCUGCAGUACUGGCUACACACAAGUCAGAGAAUCCACCUCGCCCUCAACACAGAGCUGCUGGACAGGCAGAAAGAACCUGAGCCAAGGGACCCAGAGAAGCAGCAACAAGACAUACCAACUGCCCGCUCAGGCCAGGGCAACUGGACACGGGUGUGCCAGGCCAUGGUAAGGGAGCGUCAUGUCCACUUCCUUCUGGAGCCAACCUUGGCCACUGCUCCAUCAGUAGUGGGCACAGAUGUGGAGGGGAACAGGUCACCUGAGGGUCCCACCCGGUUCUGCUCCAAUGGCCAGCCACCCACCAUGCUGCCCACUGGUGCCCCACACCCAGGGGAGCUGGAGGAACUGGAGCAGCACAUUGCGGACGCACGUUCAAGGCUCCAUCAGGCGCUGGUGAGGCAUGGGGAGCUCCUGGCCCAACUCCCAGGUGGCAGCUGCGAUGGGCCACUGUGCCUGCUCUAGGCCUCCAGUGGUCUCCACCCGCUUCAUCACUGGGAGGUGGCCAUGCCACACCACACCCAGCCCACCUGACUUUGCAUGAGGGCGGAGCCUGCAGGAGCUAAUCCCAGCACCUGGUGCAUGCAGACACUGGCUGGGUGCUGUCAACAGACAGUUUAUUCUAUAUACAAACACAAUUUUGUACACUGCAAUUAAAUAGAAUGGAAUGAGCACUCUGCA